GCCCAGAAGGGUGGCCUGGAGAGCUCUCCCCUUGUUGCUGUGCUAGGAAACCUUUCCUUUGGAGCCAGGCUACAGGGUUUGGCUCCAGCAGAGCUGCUCGUGGGUGGUGAUGAACGAGAACAACGGGAAUCAACAGAAUCCUUUUCCUCCAUUUCAGGUUUUUCCACCAGUGAGCCCUCUGCAGCGAGAUGCCUGGUGGAUCAAGCUCAGGGCAAUCUUGGCCCAGAGUCUGGCCAGGCAGACGUGGACCUUGACAUUACUGUGAGCCUUCUGCUGGAGAGACUCCAACAGGAGGAGGAGACAAGAGUAACCAUCUACUCCAGCCUGCAGGAAGUCUUGCAGGGGGACAUAAAGAGCCUAGAUAGGAACCUUGUCAGGAGGAUCAUCCACUUGGCCUCCAAAGACAUGAGGGAGACCCAGCAAGAAAAUGAUGAAGUGCAUUUGGUGCAGGAAAAACCCUCGUGGCACUUGCCGGCACCUUUUACAAUUGGGUGAUGUAUGAGCUGCAGUGUCACAUGGGCAUCAUGGAGCUCCCUCCAAUUUACUUCUUGAUUACACUGGGCGACGUGGCCUCAGCCUAUGCACUGAGGUCUGAGCCCUUCCUUGUGCUGACGCUCAGCAAAUUGCGUUUUGUGCUGAGGCUGGUGGAGACCGACCAGAUGAAGCGGGCGCUGUGUGGAGUUGUGGAAGGCUUUGCCCAGGCUGCCAACCUGAAAUUCCACAUCAGGGACGAGAGCCCGUUCCCUAGCUGCCGGGCAGCCGACUACGGUUUUCAUGUGCUCCCUUUCUUUAAUCUCAUGAGCAGCAGCUGGCUGACAAGCGAGGACCUGGAGCUGCAGCAGGCUGCGGUCAAGGCGCUGGGACCCGCAAUGGGCCUCCUUCUCCACCAUGAGAGGCAUCGCAGUACUGUUUUUGAGAGGCUCCCCUGUCUCCUGCAGCAAUACGAGGGAGGGGUCGACAAUCUUCAUGUCACCAUGGUGAGAUGCCACCUGGGAAACCAGCAUUGGCCCUUGUCUGUAUGCGUGGGUGUGCGCACUGGCACACGUGCGUGCAUGUACGACUUGCCCUAGGAACUCCGUAGCUCUUGGGGCUUUCCUGGUGCAAUUCAAGACCC